AUUGAUUUAAUCAUUAUCAAGAUUUUUAUCAUACACUAAAGAAAUCGUGAAAGAUUUCGAGUAUUUCUAUUUACUUGUAGAAAUGUAAUUUAUUUUUUUAAUGAAAUACAACGUACAAAUCUCCGGAGUGAAUUUCGGAAGACAAUCAACGUCUCUGAAGUAAUGCAUAUGAUAUCAAGUGUUCUAAAUUGUAUUAUUGAUUAAAAAAAAUGACUAUAAAUUAACACACUUUUUCAUAGCCAAUAUGACUUUAACACUUUUCCAUUAAUAAAUAAAAGGUCCCAGUAGUAAAUGAAGAGUGUUAUAAAUGAGGAGAGUUUAUUAGUGAGACAAUUAAUAAGAAAUAUAACUUUACCUAUAUGCAUCCAAUGGAUGUAUGAUAGAAUUCUAUUAUAGAUGGUGCCAGAGAUGAACAAUAUAAUAAAUAUUCAGCAAAGGAGAUAUUAUAUUAAAUGGAGGAACAUUUCAUUACAUGGCUGUGGAUUGUCUAUAGAAUAAGAACGCGAAAAAUCAAUGUUUGACAAGUAUGUCAGCUUCCUACGUUAGAAUUCUUGAAGAUGGGGUCAUGGAUCAAAGGUUAAAUAGGGAGCAUAGAGACACAGUUAAUUAAUAAUAACUGAAUAAUUACAUAUAUGAUAAUACAAAAUAAUCUACAAUAUAUAUAAUGUAAUGAUGAUCAACAACAUUACAUUUAUAAACAAUAUAUGAUAGCAUAAUAUAUGUGAAAAAUACGGAGCUUUUAAACAAAUAUAAAUAUAUAGAAAUAUGUUUAAUAAACAAAUUUUUUUAAUAUCGAUCAAAUCAAUUAGAAUGAAAAAUCUUAUGAAUUUUAAAAUUAUUUAAAAUGCAUAACAUCAAAAAAACAUUCUGUAUGAAAUGCUUACGGCCAUACCACGUUGAAUACACCAGUUCUCGUCCGAUCACUGAAGUUAAGCAACGUCGGGCUCGGUUAGUACUUGGAUGGGUGACCGCCUGGGAAUACCGAGUGUCGUAAGCUUUUUGCUUUCUCUUUUUUUUCUCUUGAGUUUGUUUAUCAAUCAAAUAUUUUUCUUAUCUUAACUAUGAUACUAACAUUUUUUCUACUUCUAUAAACAUAAUCGAUAGGUUGUUGUUUUCUUUAUAGAUGCCUACGCUGUUAAUCAUUAAAUCAACCAACAGCUAUAGUUGUCAUCAUAUAUAUCUAUAUAUAAUUUUUAUUAAGAACGAAAUUACAAUGAGAAUGACAUCAUUGAUAAAUCUAUAACAGUAGAUUGUUACAUUAACAAAUAA